AUGUUGAAACGCCCUAAGCCUGGUGAAGAUGAGGAAGAUAUUCUUCGCAUGCAAGAGGAAUUUCUUCGAGAAAAACAAAAUCAAAACUUGCAACCAGCGGCUGCUGUUACUAAUUUACGUCCAAAUGAACGUACAAAGCGAUCAAAUACUAGCGAGACAGGUAGGAAACCUUCCAAGUUUGCCCAGGCUAAAGGCUUAAAGGGCCAGACUGAGAAAAAGGCACGAUUUGAAGGAUCGACUUCUGUAGUAGGAGAUAUUUUAGAAAAGAACGUGGAAGAUCCAGAGAAUAUUGAACCUGAAGCUGAAGAUGAUCAAGUAUAUUAUCCUAAAGUUAUACCUUCGCUCUUGGGCAACAUUGUUGAAAAAAAUGUAGCAGAUUUUGUUGAUUUUGAUGUGACAGAGAUGCCAUCACAAGGGUUUCCAGUAGUUACUAAGCAAACCAGUUUAUUCUAUAAGAAAAAGAAAGAACAAAGUAAAAAUGAAAAUGUUAAUAUGGAUGUUGAUGAACCAUCACCCAGUACCAGUGCUGAUACCAGUAAAAAGCCACCAAACUUGAAUUUACCAGAAAAGAGUUUUAUAUUAUCAUCGAAAGAUGCAGAUGAUAUUCACAAUGAAAAUGUUAAACUUCUUAGUGAGAUGUUAGAGCAAGAUAUCUUAGAAGAAAGGAAGAAACUCCUCUCAAGCAUUGAUCCUAAUCUGGUGGAGUUUCUGAAAAACAAAAGACAACAAACUACACAACCUGAAAGUUCCAAAUCAAUAGAAAAACCUAUUGCUAAAAUUGAAAACAAAGAAUCUAGUGAGGAAGCCAUGGACACUACUGUUGCCAUACCAGAAAACAAUAACCUUUGGGAGAACGAUGUCCUGACUCACCCAGAAAUAAAUAAAUGGCUCCACUUUGAUUCAUUAGAAAAAGACAAACUAGAAUGGAUGAAAGGGAUAGAAGAAAGCAAGAAAGUGAGAGCAGAUGAGCCGUACGAAGCAAGGUUUGACUUCAACGGAUACCUUUUACCUUACACAAUUGAGUAUAAUGACAAAACUAAACCAUUGUUUCAUCAUGGUGAUGAACCACAUAGACCAGGGUAUUCUAUUACGGAAUUAAUUGAACUGACACGGUCAACAGUCACCCAACAAAGAGUUAUGGCACUCAACACAAUAGCUGGCAUCAUAGAAUAUUACAGUGCGGGGACGUACAAGAAUGUCAUUGAAAUACCUGUUAGCAAACUGUUCUUUAUUAUCAGGAUAGCAAUGGAUGACAAUAAAGUAAUUAUUCUAGAACCAGCACUGAGAGCUAUGAGGAAUCUCUUGUACAAUAGGAUAGAUGAAGCCAGUUUAGAUGCUUUGAUAGGCUUUGAAGAAGGCACACUACAACCUUGUUUGGAAAAUGACAAGUCAGAAAUUGAAGAACUGCAGUCCAAAGAAUCAGAGUUCACAGACUACCAUUUAGCAGAAAUAGACAUAAUGACAGCACUACAGAGAACAGAGAUCCUCCAGAGGUUGUACUAUAUCCUGGAGACAAUCAAGCCAAACUUCAACUGUGUUCAAUAUUCUUUGCAAAUAUUGUCUAGGUUAGCAAGAGACUCCCUAGAAACUGCACAGAAGAUUGUAGAAAUGGAACAUUUGAUGCAAACAAUAAUUAAGAACUUUGUACCAGUGUCGAGCACUAAUUUUGUCUUUGAACCCAGCAUUGUUUACAAUGGGAAGCCAAUAUUAGCUGCUCUGAAGUUUAUCAGAAUAAUGUCUUUACAAUCCCUGGAUAUAACCAGAAUCCUGCUAAUCAAAUAUGAUUUAUUGAAACCUAUAUCAGAGUACAUUAGUUCUGCAGUUGAUAGGAUGUAUGGAUUGAAAAUACAGAUAGAAGCUUUUUGUACUCUCUCCAACAUACUGUGUUUUGGUCUGGGAACUGAUGUGGCAGUCUCUCUAUUUCCUGUGAUUGUUACUGCAUUGCAUAAACAUGUAAAAGGAACUGAUAUAUUUGUGAAGUCUUCUAUUUUGUCAGCAACCCAUGCAGCUGUAGUCCUUCAAUUAGUUAAUAGACUUCUAAGAUGCAUAUUAGGUGGAAUGGACAGUUACAAGUCCCAAAUAUAUCCUCUGCUGAAAGAAGGUGUUCAGAAAUGGAUGGGCCAGUUGUCUCAAUCUAGUAGUUACACUUGUGGACAUCUGCGCCUUCUUUGUUCAGCUAUAGACUGCUGCAAAACAGUCACAUUGAUAGAGAAUCUUCCAAUGAAGUUCCUCAAUGACUCUCUAAGAACUCUGUCCCAAUCCCAAGGAUUCGCAGUUAUUAUCAGAAAUCUUAUACCCAGUUCAAAUCUAUUGUCAGAAUUAGAUAAUAAGGACCUACAUUUAACCAAGAACUUGAUGUCACUUGGAGGGUCAGUCAUAGACUCAGCUCAGAAAGUUCUACCGAUUUUGAAUAUAGCAUCACCCAUGCCAUUUCUGGCGUCACUUUUCAAUCUUCUGACUUACGUAAAUGAUAAAGAAAUAUCUGAGAUGUUCCUAAGACAUCUGACCAUGUAUUUAAGCAAGAUCAGCAAUAAAGUGCCAAGUUUAUGUGAUAACUGGUUUACAAGAAUGGAAUCCAAUUUCGUUUUCAGUAUUAUAAAAUUAUCUACACAGUAUGAUAUUUCAGAAGGAAGUAAAGACUUGCUAUAUACUGUGGCUAAUAAGCUAUGUUAUAUUCUGAGAAAUGACAAGAAAUAUGAAUUAGAUUUUCUGUUUGGAUAUGUAGUAUUCAACAAACACUGGUUCACUGCUGAAAGAUUGUUACAUCUUGUGAACUUGACUGAUGCAGAUGGCUUUUCUAAAGCUCUGACGUCAAUCGAGGAUAUAAAACUAUGUUACAGUAGAGUGGUGAACAUUAAUUACAGAGAUACAGGGCCUAAUAUAAAGUUCAAGAGUUGGCAAGAGCCAAUUUUGCCGAGGGAUUGGAUUUACUUGCCAAUUUUAACCCUGUACAGCAGAAGUCAAGAAGCUGAUAACAGUCCGAAAGUUUUUGGUGAACACUCCAGGAAAGUCGCAGCGAGAAUAGCUGCUGAGAAGGAAUUUAUUACGCGAUGUAGUUUGGAGUGGAUAUUAUUCAAUGAACUGUGCUUCCCCGAUCUAUUGAACGACAUCGACGUUACUGACAGACUCUGUCGCAUCAUGUGCGUGUUCCUUAGCGACAACUCGCUGUUUUUGGAUCCCAAAAUAAAAAUGUUGCUCAAGAAAUGUACAGAGAUUUUGUUCAAAAAGAAAUCAAAAUUGAAUUUCGACAAACAACUGGUUGGAUUGCAUAAUUUCCAGGAUUUCUUCACACAGUUUCUGGAGCAGUUCCAAUCAGUCAGUUAUGGAGACCCAACUUUUGCUGCUUGCGUUUUAGUGCCAUUAGCACAGAGGCAUGACGUAAAGUGGCGCAAGCUCCUAUGGUCGGAAUAUGCUGGGUGCUUACGAGCUCUAGAUUGCCCUGAAGAAUAUCUUUGUUACGAUAUUAACGAGUAUUUACAGCCUGAAGAAACAGAUGAGUCCCUGAUACAAUCCUAUUUCCGAGCGCUUUCAAACAACUUGGUAAGGGAAGGCACUAUAGCGCAUAAAAUAGCACUCCAUCACGCUACAUGUUACAAAAAUCGUUCUGUAUCUAAAGAAUAA